AUGCAAUUCAUCUACGUGUUACCUGGGUGGGAAGGUUCAGCAGCCGAUGGUAGAGUGUUACGAGAUGCAAUAACUCGGAGAAAUGGCUUGGUGGUUCCUCGUGCAUGGAUCAUCAAUCUCAAGAAACAAGAGGUCGUGGUAAACGUUGAGCCCUUUCGACCUGAGGAAAAUAAUUCGGGGAACAAAAGAAAAUGGAAUAAUGAGGAAGAUGCUAAGCUCGUGGAGGCACUCCUUGAGAUGGUAAAUCUCGGAACCUAUAAGGCUGAAAAUGGGUUCAAACCUGGCUACUUGAACUAUGUCGAGGACAAGUUGCGAGUCUCAUUGCCUAGCUCUGGAUUCAAGGCUAAACCACAUAUUGAGUCAAGAAUUAAGACAUUGAAGAAAGACUUCAAUAUUGUGUAUGAUAUGUUAAAUGGUCCAAAUACAAGUGGAUUUGGUAUGGAUCCGAUUAGAAAAUGCAUCGUAGCUGAAAAGUCGGUAUGGGGCCCCUACAUUGAGGUAUUUACAUAA